GAAGAGAAAGAGAGACGGAGAACAGUGAUUCGUCCAGUGAUUAUGGACUUGCCAGAAGACCAAGUAAGUGGAAAUGUGUCCGGGACGGGUCUGGAGAUGAGUCCGGAGCCUGGACGGGAGAAGUGGCUCCGGGACACCCCAGGCACGAGCAGGAGCACCACUAGAGGCAGCGUCCGCUUCGGGACACUGAGCCAUCAUUCCUUCUUCUCCAGACACAACCCUCAUCCUCACAGAGUCAAACAUAUGCAAGGUCUGAAUGGUAAACCGGUCUGUAUGGUGAACGACGACUGGUAUGGCUUCACGCCUCUGUGUCCACAUCCACUUAUUAAGAGUCAAGUACCUGUGAACCGAUUCUCAGCAUUCAUCACACCUGAGAUCAGCCCAGAACAUGCCGGACAACGAGCAGCACUCAUCUCUGAAAGCUGGCGAGAGGAACUCAAAGAUUUGGCCACCAAAGUGAGUCUUUCAUCAGCUGCCGAGACACACGAUGACAAGAGAGAGGAGGAGGAAGUUCCUCGCAGGAAGACGCAGUAUUCCGCUCAGUCCGGCCGCAUCAUUCCAUCCACGUCUUGGGACGGGAAAAAACGCAACCGGAAGACUUCAUACAGACGUCUGGGAACACAACGCUGGCAGACGCACACUCUUGAUGGUCUGGAGCUCAGGGUGCUGGAGCUCUUGUGUCAGAUUCUGCAGACUGACUCUCUCUCUCUGGUGCAGCAGUGGCUUUUGUUGGCAAAUGACAGAGAGAAAGAGAUGGUUCAAGGGUUACUCCAGCAAGCCAUGACCGACUUGAGCUCUCUUACCCAGCAGACAUCUGGGUCAGAACUUCUGCCGUUCACAUCAGAACAUCUGCCAGAUCACGUGUUACUCAAUUCUUCCGUCAACCAUCGUCAAACAAGGACGGCCAGUUCACAUCCCGCAGAGGCGUUAAAGGACAAACCAGAACGGAUUGGCGAGGCAGAAGUUCUCACGCUGCGCCCGGAGGACACGUAACUGCUGCUGUGAGACACAGAACAACAAUAACAUCGACAUCACGAUUAAUGUUGUACUUAAGAAUUAAUAUGAUCUUAUAGCAUUUGUGUUAUCAUAAUCAUGUUCUGCAAUGUAGUUCUUAAUGUCUUGCAAAUAAAGCAUAUA